AUGACGAGCACGGCGACGCAACGAAUCCCCUCGAAGCGCCAGACCCUCGACGAAGCCUACGCACCGCCCGCCAAUUUCUUGGAGAUCGAAGUCGUCAACCCGAUCACGCACGGCGUCGGCAAGAUGCGCUACACGGACUACGAGAUCAGGAUGAGGACUAAUCUGCCCGUGUUCAAGCAAAAGGAGUCGAACGUGCGCCGGCGCUACUCCGAUUUCGAAUGGCUGCGUGGGGAGCUGGAGCGUGAUAGCAAGAUAGUCGUCCCUGGUCUGCCCGGCAAGUCGUUCAAGCGCCAACUUCCCUUCCGCUCUGACGACGGCAUUUUUGAAGAAGAGUUCAUCGAGAACAGGCGCAAGGGAUUGGAACAAUUUAUCAAUAAGGUUGCCGGCCAUCCACUUGCCCAGAACGAGCGCUCGCUGCACAUCUUCCUUCAAGAGACCUACAUUGACCGAAACUACGUGCCGGGAAAGAUUCGAUCGGCG